AUGGAUCGCAGACCCAACGGCGAAGACGGUUCUCGUGUAAAACGCCAAAAGACAUCUGCCACGGACAUGGACCCAAAAGCAAAUCCCUACCUGGCGCACAUGUACCAGGACGACGCUCCCUCCAGCAACGGUUAUGCAAACGGCUAUUCCUCGAACUCGAGACAGAAGACCUCCGCCCUGGCCAAGUUCUCACGCCAUGCCAGCACAUCAGUGCUCGCCCAGGCGGCGGAGGAUGGCCCGAACAAUCCCUUCACCGGACAGCAACUGUCGCAGCAGUACUUCAACAUCCUGAAGACAAGGCGCAACCUGCCUGUCCAUGUUCAAAGAGAUGAGUUCCUUCAAAUGUACCAGAAGAGCCAGAUCCUUGUCUUCGUCGGUGAGACCGGUUCCGGCAAGACCACUCAGAUCCCACAGUUCAUCCUCUUCGACGACCUCCCGCACUUCCAGAACAAGAUGGUCGCUUGUACACAGCCUCGCCGAGUCGCAGCCAUGUCCGUGGCCCAGCGCGUAGCGCAAGAGAUGGAUGUUCCUCUUGGAGAGGAAGUGGGUUACAGCAUCCGUUUCGAGGACAAGACGUCGUCCAAGACCAUGCUCAAGUACAUGACGGACGGCAUGUUGCUGCGCGAGGCGAUGAACGACCAUGACUUGACCCGUUACAGCACUAUUAUUCUGGACGAGGCUCACGAGCGUACCUUGGCUACGGAUAUUCUCAUGGGUUUGCUAAAAGAGGUGGCGCUGAGGAGGCCUGAUCUGAAAAUCGUCAUCAUGUCUGCCACGCUUGAUGCGCAAAAAUUCCAGCGGUACUUCAACGAUGCGCCUUUACUGGCUGUGCCCGGACGCACGCACCCUGUCGAGAUCUUUUACACGCCGGAGCCUGAGCGAGACUACGUAGAAGCGGCUCUCCGCACGGUCCUGCAGAUACACGCAACCGAGCCCGAGGGCGACAUCCUCCUGUUCUUGACCGGUGAAGAGGAGAUUGAAGACGCAUGUCGAAAGAUCAGCCUGGAAGCGGAUGAGCUAAUACGGGAAGCCGACGCUGGUCCGAUGAAGGUUUAUCCGCUUUACGGCACGUUACCGCCCGCACAGCAGCAGCGUAUCUUCGAGCCCGCCCCUCCUCCCCGAACUAAGGAUGGACGGCCAGGGCGUAAAGUCAUCGUCUCUACUAAUAUUGCCGAGACCUCGCUCACCAUCGACGGCAUCGUCUACGUUGUGGACCCGGGCUUCAGCAAGCAAAAGGUCUACAACCCUAGGAUACGCGUUGAGUCUUUGCUAGUCUCGCCCAUAUCCAAGGCCUCCGCCCAACAGCGCGCCGGUCGUGCCGGUCGUACGCGUCCAGGCAAGUGCUUCCGGCUGUACACCGAGGCAGCCUUCAAGAAAGAGCUCAUCGAGCAAACUUACCCCGAGAUCCUGCGCUCCAAUCUAGCAUCGACGGUACUCGAGCUAAAAAAGCUCGGCAUCGACGACCUCGUCCACUUCGACCUGAUGGAUCCACCCGCGCCCGAAACCCUCAUGCGCGCCCUCGAAGAGCUCAACUACCUCGCCUGCCUUGACGACGAAGGCGAGCUCACGCAUCUGGGACGACUAGCUUCCGAGUUCCCGCUCGAUCCCGCGCUCGCCGUCAUGCUGAUCUCCUCCCCUGAGUUCUACUGCUCCAAUGAAAUCCUCUCCCUCACCGCCCUCCUCUCCGUCCCCCAGCUCUUCGUCCGGCCCGCCAGCGCCAGAAAGCGCGCCGACGAGAUGAAAGACCUCUUCGCGCACCCCGAUGGCGAUCACCUGACGAUGCUGAACGUGUACCACGCCUUCAAGGCCCCAGAAGCUCAGAACAACCCCAAGCAGUGGUGCCACGACCACUUCCUGUCUUACCGCGCCCUCCAGCAGGCGGACAACGUGCGCCUGCAGCUCAAGCGCAUCAUGGAGCGCGAGGAGCUGGAGCUGAUGAGCACGCCGUUCGAGGACAAGAAGUACUACGAGAACAUCCGAAGGGCCUUGGUGUCGGGCUUCUUCAUGCAGGUUGCGAAGAGGGAUGGGAGUGGCAAGACUUAUGUGACUGUGAAGGACGAACAGAACGUCCUGUUGCAUCCGAGCACUGUGCUUGGACAGGACAGCGAGUGGGUCGUGUACAAUGAGUUUGUGCUCACGACGAAGAAUUACAUCCGCACGGUCACGGCUGUUAAGCCGGAGUGGUUGCUGGAUAUUGCUCCGACAUACUAUGACCUGGAUACUUUCAAGAAGGGCGAGGUCAAGACGGCACUGACGCGGACCGUCGAGAAGAUGAGGAGGAGAGAGGCGAUCAAGGGGGGCAGGAAGUGA